UUGAGAAUAAACGUUGUUCAUUUUGUGUAUUACAGUCACCAUGAAGUCGUACUCUGCCGCUCUCAUCGCUAUAUGCCUCUGUCUCGGCGUGUCAUGCGCAAUGGGAGCCGGAUACGGUUCCGGAUAUAACAGCUACGACAACUAUGGAAGCAUUGGAGGCGGAUAUUCCAUGGGGUACGGAAAAGGAUACAGUGGUUACGGGAGUGGAUACGGACACGGUUAUGGAAAAGGUCACGGGAAGGGAUACGUCUCCACCGAGACUAUUAUCAGUCAACCUUACGCCCAGCAAAUCGCUCUGCCACCACCACCACCAGUCCAGGAUAAUGAUGGACUUUUUGGACUCGGUGGAGGAUCCGGACUUCUGUUGCUCGGUCUGCCCCUUCUCCUUCUCCUGAGGAACUCCAACUCCGGUUAAACUCCUGACGUUAACACUCAUUACUGUAGAAGCAACUCUGUGAUACAUCGCGCAAUAUUGGCAGUUAGCACUUCGUCUGUGUGUAAUUUAUUUGUAUACUUAUGUGGUUUUUAUUUGAUGAUUAAAUAUGUAAAUCUUA